GACUAUAGUAUAGGAAAAUACUACAUCGUAAUGUAAAACAGCAUCAAGUACAUGCUAGAGGUAAUUGCAUAUCAAUAAAUCAAAACGAAACAGUGAAUGCUAGAUAGGGCACCAACGUGGAGCAGACAUAUUAGAAAACGUUAGAGAAAAGUCAAGGAACAGCUCGGAGUAUGGAUUAAUCAAGAACGAAUAGCUAAACAUCAAAUUUAUAUCAACCGACAGACAGUUGGUGUGAAUACUAGCUGCUGUCAUUUAUAUGGCUGUAAUAAUGUGGUGUUUCUCUUAAAUUAAAAGGGAUUAUACAGAGUAUACUGGAUUUUUUAACUUCCCAUUUAAUAUAAAACUGAAGUACAGAAUGGAUUUCUAUGAACUAGAGGUUGCGUCUGAAGCGAAAUAGAAUAGAAAGUGAUUAUAAACACUCGGAAGUACAAGCAAUAUGAUAUAAUGAAUAUAAUAUUGGAGCUUGUCUAGCAAUAUUUCAUACAACGAAAUAUUCCGUAAUUGGUAAAUGUUUCAGACGGCUGACGAAGCUAAAAAACAGCAAGCGCCUAAUAUGGAAUGACUUAAUUAAUUGAAUCCGCUAAGUUGUAAAUUGUCAUGAUACGAAAAAAAAGUAUUAUAUAAUAGAACACCGGUUGCGGUAUAAACGCUAUAAGCAAGGACUUGCGACAUAAAAAGGAUACACUCAUUACUUCUCAUGAAAUAUCUAUAAGAUAAAAUGUCACGUAGUUUUCAUUUAUUUAGGGAAACCUAAUUUUGUGAUGCCUUUGUAUUUGAAGGAUCUAAUUGAUAAUUGUAAUUCAGGAGGUAAAAAAAAGUGUUCAUCCGUAAUCACAAGAUUAUACAAGUUUACUUCAAUAAGAAGAAGAAUUUAGAAUGUAAAGUUAUAUAUUUAAGUGAACGCGUUACUAGGAGAUUAAGUGCUAAAAUGCCAGCUCUUGAUGGAUUAGCCGGAAUUGUAUUCGGUGCAAUUUUCGGAUCAGUAUUUGUGAUCACGUGUAUAAUUUCUGCAAUUAAAGCAGUCAGGGACAGAUCAUGUAUAAAGAAACGUAAUGCCAUUUGGAAAAGACAUCAACUCGAAAACGGAUAUGUACAUGGGAAAAAAGACUGUGUUGUUGAAGAAAUUUCGCCAGCAAUUUCGUGUUCUUCUCAGGAAAAUAAAAGUUCAUGUAAUGAUAAAUUGAGUAAUGGAACGCCUUGUAACGAUGGUAUUAAAGAGCGGCUUGAUCUGUCAGUGUAUUCUAUCAACACAGGAGUUGAAAACCUGACUUUUCAACACAGUGCCACUAACAUUAAUUGCACAGAGAAGAAUAAUUGCUUACCGCAACAAAAAUCAAAAGCAGUUACUGAAAGUGUGCCUUUCUGUCAAAAUAUGAUACCCAAGCGUGCUAAAUCACACGACGCAAAUUAUCGCCGGAAAAGAAAUCUCGACCAUCUCUCGUCAGACUGUCUUGCUAUACAGAAAAGUAUGCGCAGACAUUCAUAUGAAAUAGCUGUCUGUGAAAAUUCAUGGUUGUCAAAAGAGCCCCCUUACUUUGCGCCAUCGAAAACGAUACAAAACGCAUUUAGUUAUGGCGUUAAUGUGAGAAAUGACGCAAAGUCGCACCAAAUGGCUUUUGAGAAUAUGGCAUUUGAAAAAAACGAUCAUAAAAAGACCUAACAGACGUAAUAUAGAUAUCUCAUUUCCAGGUAAUCAGUAUACCCAUAGAAAUCCUAGAUUUUUAAAAACGUGUCUAUUUGCAUGCACCAGGGUAAUGACAGAAUUAUUUUACAGACAUUGAUUAUGAAUGGAUAAAGAUUUGAUGCAAUUCUCGUGCGUCGCACUUACAUUGAUUAUGAAAGGAUGAAGAUUUGAUGCAAUUCCCGUGCUUAAUAAUUUGUCCAAUCAUUGCUAAAAUACACAAGAUAUAUCUUUGCACUAUUGAAGAAGUAGAAGUUUUAAAAACAAUUCGCAGUUGUGCGCUUAAUCAAUGUGUUAUUAAUCAGAAUAGAGUCAUACUUCGAAAUGGCAAGUAAGAUGGGGGAGGGGGCGUCUUUUUAAUGCUGGUUUACAUGAAAAGCAAAUGCUAUAUAUAUGAAAAGCCGUUUGUUCAGUUCGUGCUAUCUGCAGAUUGACAACGAAUUGCUUUUUACACCUGUCGUCAUUCAUGUGAUCCUAAGAUGUCUUCAAUUUGAAAAAUCUUAAAAUGAACGCACUGUGAAACAUACAUUUUGUUGGUAUAAUUUGUUGAUAUAAUUUCAUUUUGCCAAAUUGGUGUAAAAAAGAAACAUGUAAUGACAGAAUUUUGACGUCAAGAUGUCAAAAUAUAUGUUGUAAUGACACGAA